AACUCCACAAAUCCUUUCUCAAUAUGCGUUCUUGUGUGGACCUUUGUUCUCGUAAAACGUCAUCAGUCGCAGCCCGAGUACUGUUCCGCAUCUGGCCGAGAACAGUCAUAAUACCCGGAUGUGACUCGCCCCGCACAUGUCACCGGGCAUGCAUCGGAGCAGGCUCGUCUGUUCUUGUGAGCUUGUGAGAGCCAAAUAUCCCAGAAUGCAUUUCAUAUCAGCAACAGGCAGCAACGACAGAGGAAAAUAAACACAACUAUGGACCCGAAUACGUUCCUCUACGACGUCCCGCCGGUUGUCAUCGGGAGACUGUGCCGAAUCCUGGACAGUGGGGUUGACAGGUUAGGGUGGCGUGGACUAGCUGUCCGAGUAGUCCCCAGCUUGUUAGAGGUCCGCAUGUUGGAACGCGUGGAGGCAGCCGGUCGGAGUCCCACUUCGGAGCUUCUUUGGUCCUGGGCUCAGGAGAACCCAAGGGUCCUGGACCUUCUAAAGUUGCUGCAGGACAUGGGCCAUCACAGGGCUCUGCAGCUCCUCCAGGGUCCAGAGUUGCCCGUGCCCUGCAGCAGUCCACACGCCGAUUCCAGAGGACACAUGUACGCAGAUGAAGAGAAGGGAUCCUUCCAACGAGGAGAGAGAUCUGCAGGUCAGGCUUUAUGCUGUGUGAGCUCCGCUGAAGAAAAUCAGCCACCUGUAAUUACCUUCCAAGACAUCAUAGAUGGAACCAGAGAUUUUCACCUUGAAAUGAGAAUUUCAGAGGGACACUUGUGUGAUGUCUACAAAGCACAGCUGGGAAGUGAAAAGGUGGCGGUGAAGCUUUAUAAACAGACAAACACGGCAUCAUGGAAGAAGCUGUGGGACGUCUUCAGGAAAGAAAUGGAAAUUCAUAAUUUGUACCGACAUCCAAACAUCUUGGACUUGUUGUGCUGUUUCACUGAUGAGGGUCGCUACUGUCUGGUCUAUCCUUACCUGGCCAAUGGGUCGCUCUUCCACCGACUCCAUCACCAGGACGGAGAGCCCCCCCUGUCCUGGCAGCAGCGCCUUACCAUCAUUAAGGGAACUGCAAAGGCCCUGCAUCACCUCCACACAGCACAGCCCUGCCCAGUCAUAUGUGGCAGCAUCUCCAGUGCUAACAUACUCCUGGAUAGCGACCUGCAGCCCAAGCUGUCCAGCUUUGGCCUUGCUCAUCUUCGUCCUCAUUCAGCCCAUCAGAACAGCACGGUCACUCUGGACACGAGGUCCCACAGCAACCUGGGAUACCUCUCAGAGGAGUACAUCAGAGACGGCAAGCUGACCUUUAGCCUGGAUGUUUACGGCUUUGGAAUGGUUAUAAUGGAAACGGUAACAGGACGCAAGGUCACAGGGGAGGUAGCGAAAAAAACACCACUGAGAGAUCUGCUUGUAACCGAGGUGGAGGACAGCGGCGGCGUGGACUCUUGUCUGCAGUUCGUGGAUGAGGCGGCCGGCCGUUGGCCCAUCGCCAUGGCCCUCGACCUUCUGCGCCUGGCCUUGGAAUGCGCGGCCAGCCGCCACCGUAGCAGACCAAGCAUGCAGAAGGUACUUCUUGCAUUGAGCAAGCUGCUUCCUCCACCUAGCUGCCUCACCGCUGACCAACCCCACAGUCUGGACGACCCUCGUGAUUCCAAGCCGACCCCCCCACCUUCCAUUCCCGUGGAGCACGACGAGCAGCUCGGCCCCGGCGCUUCGCCGACGCAGGCGCGGCUCUGCGAGUGCAGCCAGUCGGAGUUGACGUAUCUGAGCGACGCCGGGCGGGCUGUCGACCUGUACACCAGCUGGCCCGUGCAAUGCAGCUGCCCCGCUGAGAGCGGCGGUCUGGCCUGCGAGGACUGCAGAGCCAACGGCUUCACCAGCGACGCCACAGGCGGCCCCCCGACUGAAUCCCUUGGGAUGGAAAAUGCAGCCAAGAAGAGACUGAGGAACAAACUGAGUCUUUACGACAAAGGGCUGAUUCACACACAGGAACUGUUCUCUGAGAUAAACCUACAGUAGAGAGCAGCAUACUUCCUGCAGUGUGUGUCCAGAAUUAUACGGUUUCAUAAAAGGUGAUCAAGUGAGACACAACCUCUAAGCUGUGUGUGUUUUACGGGGGUGGGGGCAGAAAAUGUAAUCUUGUAAUUGAUAUGUUGCUAUUUCAUGUAGUGGGGUGAACUAUUACAGCGCCCAGCAUGAUUUUACCAGGACUUACACACGCUUCUUAUCUAACCAACACUUUGAGCACCGACGCGCGUGCGCUCUCUCGCUCUCUCUCUCUCUGUCACACACACUCGGUUAUCUUAAACAUCUCGUUAAUUUAUGCAACCAGACUCACAAAAGCACCAACUACUUAAAGCACAGCACACAUUUGACAAAUUCAUUCACACUCAAUCAGAAGCCAUUGAGUUUUACGUCAAACACAACUUGUACGCUCUGUGUGAGCCACUCACUGCGGAUUGAAAGUCCGAACACCUUUCUUCCUCUCACUACGGAGCUCUAGUUUUGGUGUCAGCCUGCCAUCUUAUUUAAUGCUGUAAAGGCAGUUUAGUCAAAGUAUUUUUUAACACAAAUCUUCCGUUAUUUCAUUCAAUGACGUUGAUCACACACUGUGAUUUGAUUGGUGUGAUGCCAACAACUUCGUGGCUUCGCUUAACACUGUCCUGAGCGCUCACAGGGGAGCAGUGUCGUCACAAUCGCCUCACCUCAUUGGUUAAUCAUUCUUUUGUGGAUUAUUGCAGAAAAUAAGAUCAGUAGCAAGCACAGGUUUAUAACGCCAGAGAGUCAUGUUCAACAAGAUAUUUUUCAUAAAUAAAACCAC